AUUUGUUUACAUGAAGAAGAUAAAAUAGACGAAGCUGAACAACAAUUUAAGUUCAAAGAUUAUCGACAAGCAUUAAAUUUAUUUAAACGUGCUUUAAAAUAUACAACAGAAAAUUCCACCAAUACUCGUGUUGAUUUAGCCAAUGCAUUUGCUAAAUUAAAUAAACUUGAAAAGACUGAAUUAGCAUUUAAUCGUCCAAUUGAAAUUGAUUCAAAAUAUGUCGGAGCAUUAGUUGGUUUAGCUAUACUUGAAUUAAAUAUGAAAAUACUAGAAUCAAUUCGUAAUGGUGUAAUGAAACUUUCUCGAGUCUAUCAAUAUGAUUCACAAAAUCCAAUGGUUUUAAAUUAUUCACAUGAUAUUGUUUAA